AGCCAGCGCUGGACCUGAGAGCCGGAGGGGUGUGCGCGCGCGCCCUCGCCCCUGUUGCGCGCGCAGUGUCACCUUGGGCGCGAGCGGGGCCGCGCGCGCACGGGACCGGGAGCCGAGGGCCAUUGAGUGGCGAUGGCGGCGACGGCGAGUCCCGGGGCCGGUGGGAUGGACGCGAAGCCCCGUACCUCCCCUAAGUCGGUCAAGUUCCUGUUUGGGGGCCUGGCCGGGAUGGGAGCAACAGUUUUUGUACAGCCCCUGGACCUGGUGAAGAAUCGGAUGCAGCUGAGUGGAGAAGGAGCCAAGACACGAGAGUACAAAACCAGCUUCCAUGCCCUCACGAGCAUCCUGAGGGCGGAAGGCCUGAGGGGCAUUUAUACAGGGCUGUCAGCUGGCCUGCUUCGCCAGGCCACCUAUACCACCACUCGCCUUGGUAUCUAUACCGUGCUGUUUGAGCGCCUGACUGGGGCUGACGGUACACCCCCUGGCUUUCUGCUGAAGGCCCUGAUUGGCAUGACUGCAGGCGCGACUGGUGCCUUUGUGGGAACUCCAGCUGAGGUGGCUCUUAUCCGCAUGACUGCUGAUGGCCGGCUUCCACCUGACCAGCGCCGGGGCUACAAAAAUGUAUUUGACGCCUUGAUUCGAAUUGUCCGGGAAGAAGGGGUCCCCACACUAUGGAGGGGCUGCAUCCCUACCAUGGCUCGGGCCGUCGUCGUCAAUGCUGCCCAGCUCGCCUCCUACUCGCAGUCCAAGCAGUUUUUACUGGACUCAGGCUACUUCUCUGACAACAUCCUGUGCCACUUCUGUGCCAGCAUGAUCAGCGGCCUGGUCACCACUGCCGCCUCUAUGCCUGUGGACAUUGCCAAGACCCGGAUCCAGAACAUGCGAACGAUUGACGGGAAGCCGGAAUACAAGAAUGGGCUGGAUGUGCUGGUGAAGGUCAUCCGCUAUGAGGGCUUCUUCAGCCUAUGGAAGGGCUUUACGCCGUACUAUGCCCGUCUGGGCCCCCACACCGUCCUCACCUUCAUCUUCUUGGAGCAGAUGAACAAGGCCUACAAGCGUCUCUUCCUCAGUGGCUGAGGCGGGAGCAGAGGCCCGGAGCCGCUGUGCCGGGGGCUCCCACUUGCCCGCUGCUUCUACAGUCAGUGCGCCCCCCCGGGGGGCCUAGACUCUGCUGCCCUGGGCCCCUCUAUUUAUUACCCCUCCACCGUGUGGCCCCCUCCUCUGCGGUAAAGACCUUGGUGUGUCCUGCCCCUGCUCCAGCUUGCCCUGCCCAACUUGUCGCCAUCGUCAUGAUCUCUGUCCCCGGCUGUACCUUGGGGGAGCUGGGAGGCUCCACGCGGAUUUCCGGCUUCCCCUUGGGUAUUAGUUGAGGGCACAGAGGACAGCAGGAGACCUGUGCCGCCCCCGCCCCCUGCCCCGCCGCCCUCAGUGAGGCAACCGAGGCAGAGUUGAGGGGACCGGAGAGCCCAGAAGCUGUCCGGAAGGUCAAGGGUCUGCAGCGGGAGGACGCGGCCCUUCCUCCCGCCCCCUCCCUGAAGACGUGGUUAAUAAAUUGGAUUGAUGACACCA